AUGGUCACACGAUUAGAUUCGGAAUCGCAGCAUACAUAUUCAUUCAAUGGUCAAUGGCUUUAUAUGGCAAAUAUUCUGACGAUAAAUAUAGAGGUUGCUCCCGUCUCUCAAGAUCAGCUCAAUGGCGAAGAUGAAAAUGCUGGUGGUCUUUUCCAAAUCUCCGUGAAGCUUCCUCAUGAGCCACACAAGAUUCAGGUCAUGGUAUCGAGCCAAGAACAGGUGCAAGAUGUUCGCCAAUCCAUUGUCGAACUGCCCGGCACUUUCCAGUACACCUGCUUCCACCUCGAGUUCAACGGAAAACGCAUCAACGAUUUCAUCGAGCUUUCCGAGGUUGAGGACUUGAAGGCGGACUCUGAAAUUUUGCUGGUGGAGGAUCCCUACACCGAGAAGGAGGCUCGCAUGCAUGUUGUGCGCAUGCGGGAGUUGGUCGGCGCUGCUGGUAACCGUGUAGAUAACCUCUAUGGUAUCUCCGCCGGUUUGUCACUCCAUGAUGCCAUCUCUGCCGAAGCUGCAAAGGCUGCUGAAUCGGAGAAGGAUCAUUCGCUCACCAAGUACAACUUGAACAGCCCUUCCUCGCUACAGACUAUCUUGCCCCAGCCUGAGCCUCCUCUUCCUAAGACCGUGAAGUCUAUCUCGCUCUCUCCAUGGAAUCCUGUCCCUUACAACUUGCGCCAAAAGGGCCAUCUGCUCUACUUGCAGGUCCUCACUGAGGAGGGCGAUCAGUUCCAGAUAACCUCUCACGUUUCAGGUUUCUUUGUAAACAAGUCCUCGAACAGCCGCUUCGAUCCUUUCCCGAAGACCAUUGCCAAAAAUGGCAAAGCCCACUCUCUCCUCACCCUGCUUUCUCUGCUGUCGCCCUCGUUCAACUCCGCCUUCGAGGCUCUGCAAGAAUCCAACAAUCAAAAGGAUCUACUGACCACUUUCCCCUUCCAAAAUGCUAUUCCAAACAGCCCAUGGCUGGUUGCCCCUACUUCAUCGAGCCUCAACUCUCACCAGGCCGAUAUUACUCGCUCUCAGGAGAGCUACUUGAUUUCUGGCGCUGAUAAUGCCGAGACUCUGCGCGACUGGAACGAGGAGUUCCAGACCACUCGCGAACUGCCUCGUGACACUGUUCAGGACCGCGUAUUCCGGGAACGCUUGACAUCUAAGCUGUUCGCUGACUACAACGAGGCUGCUGCCCGCGGUGCGGUGUUGGUUGCUCGUGGCGAGGUCGCUCCUUUGAACCCAACUGAAGCACGUGAUGCUCAGAUCUUCGUCUAUAACAACAUCUUCUACUCAUUCGGUGCCGACGGCGUUGGUACUUUCACUUCCGAGGGCGGUGACGAAGCUGCUCGUGUGGCCGUGGGCAAGGAUGUUCUGGGAAUCAAGGCUGUGAACCAGCUCGAUAUCCCAGGACUGUUCACCCCUGGUACCGUUGUUGUUGAUUACUUGGGCAAGCGCAUUGUUGGACAGAGUAUUGUUCCUGGUAUUUUCAAGCAGCGCGAGCCUGGUGAGCACCAGAUCGAUUACGGCGGCGUUGAAGGCAAGGAGGUUGUGGCGACCCACGAAGACUUUGUCCCUGUCUUCGAGAAGCUGUCCAAGGCUCUUCGUAUUAAGCAGCACCCUGUUUGGGACAAGGACGGCAAGCGUCACGAUCUCGAGGGCAGUGUUGAGACCAAGGGUCUUUUGGGUACCGAUGGUCGCAAGUAUGUUCUGGAUCUGUACCGCGUGGCUCCACUGGAUGCUCUCUGGCAGGAGGAGGAUGGUAGUGAUGUCUACCCCCACCGCAUGUCAGUACUCCGAUUGGAGCUUGUUGAGGCUUACUGGCGCCUCAAGAUGAGCGAGUAUGUUAAGGCCGAAGUCGAGCGCCGCCGUGCUGCUAAGGCCGAGGAAGCCCCUAAGGAGGUCAAGGCUAAGGAGAGCAAGGUUGACGAAAAGUCUGAGGAGAAGAUUGAGGAGAAUGAGGAGAAGACCGAGGAUGCUGCAGAUGAGCGUGUUGACAUUUCAGGAUUCAACUUGUCUCUCAAUCCCGAUGUUUUCAGUGGCCAGGCUCCCCAGACCAAGGAGGAGAAGGAGCAGUGGGCUAAGGAUGAACAGGAAGUCCGCGACGCCUGCAACCACCUGCGAUCUAAGGUUAUCCCAGAUCUGAUUCAGGACCUGCACGAUGGCGACGUUGGCUUCCCCAUGGACGGCCAAUCUUUGACCCAGCUCCUGCACAAGCGUGGUAUCAACAUCCGCUACCUGGGCAAGUUGGCGCACCUGUCUAGCGAGAAGGGUGCCCGCCUCCAAGCUCUGUCUACUCUUCUCGUGCAGGAGAUGAUCGUCCGUUCCUUCAAGCAUGUUGCUAACAAGUACCUAAGCAACGUUCCUGCUCCCUUCGUCGCUUCUUGCAUUUCUCACCUGCUGAACUGCCUCUUGGGCUCUGAUGUGAACGCUGCUCCUCGUGCCGAGAUUGAGAAGUCAUUGCGUGAGAUUUAUCCCGAGGGCGACUUCUCCUUCGAGAAUGUGACCCCUGAGACUCUCCGUACCGAGAUUGAGCAGCAGGUUAACACCCGCUAUCGUUUCACUCUCCAGAAGGAGUGGGUUAGCUCUCUGAGACACAUGCAAAUCCUGCGUGAUAUCUCUAUCAAGUUAGGUCUCCAGCUGGGUGCCCGUGAAUUCGCUUUCACCAAGGACCAGGUGAAGGCUCCUGCUCCGGCUCCAGCCCCAGCCACCAACGGCGCUAAUGGCCACAACGACGAUGGCAAGAAUAAGAAGAAGAAGAAGGGUGCUGCCGCUACUUCUACCCCUAAUCGUGCCGCUGUUGAAACCAAGCUCGCUACUUCUAUCGUCGCCGACGAUAUUCUCAACAUCGUGCCCUUGGUUCGUGACGCUUCUCCCCGUAGCGCCUUGGCUGAGGAGGCUUUGGAGGCCGGUCGCAUCUCCCUCAUGCAGAACCAGAAGCAACUGGGCCAGGAGCUCAUUCUGGAAUCUCUCUCCCUCCACGAGCAGAUCUAUGGUAUCCUCCACCCUGAGGUUGCCAAGCUCUACCACCAACUCUCCAUGCUAUACUACCAGACUGAUGAGAAGGAGGCUGCUGUAGAGCUGGCUCGCAAGGCUGUCAUUGUGACUGAGCGCACUCUGGGUGUUGACUCCGCAGACACCAUCCUGGCCUACCUUAACCUGAGCUUGUUCGAGCAUGCAUCUGGCAACACCAAGACUGCCCUCGUUUACAUUAAACACGCCAUGGACCUCUGGAAGAUCAUCUACGGUCCUGCCCACCCCGACUCCAUCACAACCAUGAACAACGCUGCCGUGAUGCUGCAACACCUGAAGCAGUAUGCGGACUCGCGCAUGUGGUUUGAAGCUUCUCUCUCUGUGUGCGAGGAGCUGUUUGGCAAGCAGUCUAUCAACACUGCCACAAUCCUCUUCCAGCUCGCCCAGGCUCUGGCUUUAGACCAAGAUUCCAAGGCUGCUGUUGGUAAGAUGCGUGAUGCUUACAACAUCUUCCUUUCCCAGUUGGGUCCCGAGGACCGCAACACCAAGGAGGCUGAAACCUGGCUGGAGCAGCUGACCCAGAAUGCGGUCUCCAUUGCCAAGCACGCAAAGGACAUCCAGGCCCGUCGCCUGCGCCGUAUCAAUGUCAACCCGCGCGCGUCCACCAUGGGCACCCGCAUCCAGCCCCAGGUUGGCCAGACUGCUCCAGAGGCUGUUGGUGUGACUGGUGCUUCUGGUUCGAUGGACUCACGCAAUAUUGAUGAGCUGCUGAAGUUCAUCGAGGGUGGUGACACCAACUCCUCCCGCACUAAGCAGAAGAAGCGAACUGCUACCAACCCCAAGCUACGGGGCACUAAGCAGCCCAAGGCUUAA